AUGCGCUCCCCCAUUCCCAGCAUCAUUCUUGCCAUUUUUGCCCUGGUGGCACUGGCGUCUGCUCACCCAACCGGCGACGCAGCCAAUACCAAAAGCCUCUCCGACGACAACAAGAUCGAUGGCUCUGUGAAUGCUACCCUCGCAGCACGUUCGGGGGUUAAGCGUCACGAUAUCGAGUGCCAGCCCACCGGUUGGGACAACGGCAAGAAGAAAGACCUCGAACGCGCGAUCAAGUACAUCCGGAAGGAGAGACCCAAAGGCAAGCCCGACGUCCCCAAACUCGCGGGCGAGAGUGGCCAGACUGCGGCGUGCGUGGGCCAUACCAAGGUCAAGUGGUUAAACGAUAAUAAGGACAAGUUCACUUUGCCUUCGUGGGAUAAUGUCGCCGAUGGUGCUCAGGUUAUCCUUAACUCGUGCGAUGACAAAGGGGUCUCAGGAGAACUGAAUCAUGGCGACCACUGGAGGGUUCAGGUCUAUUAUGAGGAUUGCUACAUGCAGCCUGGCUCUGACUACUAG